AUGGCGGGGGCCGUCGGCCUGGGUUGCAGCGGAUGGGCCGGUCGGCCGAUCUGCCCGAAUCAACAAUGGGACUACCCUUUGGCAAGGCAGUUUGGCGGCGCGGCGGGAGACAGAAUGUGGGCAUCUGAGUGGGGAUCGAACUUCGCCGAUCGCCGAGGCUGCUGCACUUCGCCCGUGGUGGCUCGCCCGGACGCCUGUGGGGCCUCUGUCACCACUACCAUGGACGACCUGCUGGCGCGAGCGCUGCUGAAGGUCGCGUCUGAGGAGCAGAUGCUGGCGGCCGGCCACGCGAAGGCGCUGAUGGCGAUGGCUGCUGAAAGGCACGAGGAGCAUCGGACCCGUGGAGGGCGCGGGCGGCGCCGUGACGCCCUCUGUGGCCUGAGGCCCACGGCGCCAUCGACGGGGACCGACGGGCUUAGAGAUGGGGAUAAUUGCAUGGAGGACCUGGUCCAAGGCAUAACGGGGGCUCGCCUUCUGAAGAACGGGUCCGUCGAGGUCCGCACGACCCUGUUGGUAGCAGGAUUCAUCAUAGGCUCUGGAGGCAGCUCAAUCCGUGAAAUCGUUGAGAGGACAGGCGCCGAGAUAUCUUCGUGGAUGCUGCCAAAGUCGCCAAAACGCAAAGCCGGCGGUAGAGUCCGCGUGUUUGCCAUCUCGGGCUCGCCCCAGUCAAUCAGGCAAGCCCUCUCCAUCUUCUUGGCCGCAGUGUCUCGCUACAAGCAGCUGGUUGAGGGGAGUCACGCUG